AUGGCAUCCGCUUUCUCCAUGUUGAGCAUGAUCAGCAAGGCCCGACGGGCCCAGCAAGCCAAACGAGCCGCAUCGACCGUAUCCGUGACAGACGAGACCGCCAACGGCAGUAGUAGUAGCAACACCACCAUCUCAUCCUCUACAACCACGCUCCCCACUUCAUCCGCUGCCACCGCCACGACGACAACCGCGACCGCCAACGCGAUCCCCGUUUCUGCUUCAGGCUCCCCCACACCCAGCGCAGCCACCACCCUCGUCAACGCCUCCUCCCCCAGCGGGAGCCCCACGCCAUCAUAUGUUGUACCCAAAGACAAAGACACAAGCGACACCGCCUCCAUCAAGAGCACCAAAUCCACGUUUAGGGCCAAGUUCCGCAAGGGAACGUUGUUAUCGCGUAUGACCUCCGCCGCGGUGCCCACAAUCUCGGACGUCACCGCGACCACCGCAAACUCCAAAACGAAUACGGCUUCGAAUACGCCUGAGAGGCCUGGCACGCCCGCUGCUGCUGCCGAGCCUGCCACCGCUGGUACAGUGAUUUCUGAGGAACCCUCGAGUAUUGUCAAAUCUGGUCCGGAACCACCCAAGACGACUGUAUCGACGACCGCGACAGCGGGUAAGGGGACGCCUACAAUCGAACCCAUCGAACCCGUCUCGGCAAUCACACUCUCCUCUUCUCCCAAACUACACGCCCUCGUCGACGCAAAGAAACCACCACGCUCGUCCUCCAUCUCCACCUCCUCCGCCGGGGAUUUCUCCGUCGUCGGAAACGAUGAGGGGAAAGAGAAAGAGAAGGCACGGUCGUCAGUAGACGGCGAUUGGACCGACGCAGGAUCCCGAUCCUCCAUCCGAGCGAGCAUCAAACGCACGCAAUCCAUCGAGCCUACUACGACGAUCGAAAACGGCAUCUUGCAGCGAUCGACAAGCUCGUCUUCCAGAUCCCCCGCCGACGAAAUCCGUAAACUCGAGGAAAUGAACCGAUCCCUGCAAGAAGAAACGUUCGCUUACAAAGAUCGGGUCAAGAAACUCGAAGAAGCCAAGGGCGCACUGGAGGAGGAGAACCUGGCCGAUAAAGAACGGUUACGCAAACUCGAGGAGGCCAAAGCGGCGUUGGAAGGGAAGAACGUACGGCUAGCUAGGGAGUUGAAGGAGAAAGAGGCCAAGUGGGUUGCGGAACGACGAGCUGAGCGUGAGCGUCUGGAAGCGGAGAACGCGGGGCUGGUGCAGGCGAUGAAGGAAAAGGAGGCGAGGUUGGUGGCCGAGAAGGUGGCCGAGAGGAAGACGCUGGAGGGGGAGAGUGCGAGGUUGGUGCAGGAGAUGAAGGAAAAGGAGGGUAGGCUGGCGGCUGAGAAGAUGGCGGAGAGGAAGACGUUGGAGGGGGAGAACGCGAGGUUGGCACAAGUGAUGAAAGCGAAGGAGGGCCAGUGGGUUGCGGAGAAGGAAUCAUUGUUGGCUGCUCAGGAGAAGGAAAAGUCGAGAUUGGUCCAGGAGGCGAAGCAGAAGGAAGCGAUAUGGAUGCAGGAAGUGAAAGCACGGGACCUGGCUUUGGAAACGGCAAAAGCGCAGUUUGCCCGGGAGUUGGUGGCGAAGGAGGCCCGUUGGGGAGAAGAACGAGAGGCCGACCGACUUGCUUUCGUGGACGAAAAGGCCAAGCUGGCCCAGGAGAUGAAGGCGAAGUCGGAGGAAUGGAGCGCCAUCGUCGCAAAGCUUGAGGAGCAAAAGGUGGCAUUGGAGGCGGAGAACACGAUCGUUGUAGAACAGAUGAAGAAGAGGAUGGAGGAAUGGGAUGACGAGCGGAAGUUGAGGGAGGAAGAGCUCGAAUUGGUGGAGCGCGAUAAUGAGGCGUUGACGAAGCGUAUUUCCGAGUUGGAGGAUGCCGUUAAACAGAUGGAGUCGUCAAAGGCGAAGUUGGAGGAAAUUUUGGCUGGAUCGCAGAAAGAGACCGAGGAGGCUAACAAGGUGAUCAUCACUCUGAAGGCAGAUGUUUCUUCGGCGCUGGCGGACGUCAAGAGGCUUCAGGGGGAGAUCGCAGCACAGCAACAGCGGGAGGGAUCACUGAGGGACGCCAUGACACGACUUCGCAAAGAGAAGGACGCCGACCUGGCCGUACGAGACAGCCACAUCGAGUCCCUCAACAGCAAGCUCACGCAGAGCCAGAGCCAGGUCGAAGAACUCCGCGAGUGCGCUGCAGGCAGGAACCGGGAGAAGGACCGCAUCAUCGAAGAUCUCCGAGACAAAAUGGCCGCGUACUACCAAUACGUCGACGAGACCGACCGCCGCAACCGACUCCUCUGCGAUCAGCUCAAACGCCAGUCCAUGGACGUCCGGUUCGUCAAACCAGCCGAAAGCAAGUUCCUCCUCAAAUCCUCCACCGAGCAGAUGGACUCUGCCGUGCGCCUCCUCAACAACUUCAACUCGGAGGUGUUCCAGAUGGCCGCGUCGUUUGCUGAUAGCGUCGACCUCGAUACGCACUUGGAGGACGGGAUGGCGGAUUUGGAGCGGCUAAUGGUCAAGCUGGCGCCGAUGAUGAGCAGGGAGCUGGUGCAGGCAUUGAGGGAGUCGUACAUGGACCGUGACCAGGAGCCGAAUACGCUGUUACUGCAGGUGGCGUUACAGGCGUGCUUGACCCACUGCGCAGAGAAGUUUGUGAAUUCGUGGUACCCGUUCCAAUGGGACCAUGGUGAUUUGCUUCAGAUCAUGUAUAACCGAAUCUUGGAGUCUGGCAAACGUGACUUGGCUGAUUCCUGGCGAGCGACGACGAAGGCCAUGCUGAGGUUAACGUCCGAAAGCCACCCGCAACUGCUGGCAUACCUCCGAGAACACGUAUACGACGUCCUCGCCGUCAUCGGGCGCUCCAAGACCCAACCCGCCGUCGACCGCCUCGUCAAGCAAUACGAGGAAAAGCUCUCCAUCAUCGCACGCCAGACGAUCCGACUGCACAUCCUCUACAGCGACAUCCUCUUCAACGACGCCCUCUGCAAUCUCGCUUCAUACGUUGCUGCACCCGGAUCUGAAUUUUCAAGCAAGCGGUUCGAGGAUAACUAUCCUGAGGGUGGAGAUAGCCAGACGGACUUGUUGGCGGACAAUCGAGUGUUGUGUACAGCCGAGAUGGGGCUUUUGUUGACUUCAGGGAACCAUGCCCUCGUCAAACCGAAAGUCGUCCUGGCGACGAUUCUGAAUCCAGACUGGUAAUCGAUUAGCAUUUUGUACUUGAACCAUGUAACAGUAGCAGCAUAUUUUAAGUACCUUAUUUAUUCAUUUGAAUUUC